AUGGGCACGAAACGAAAAGCCUCCACCUUUGAGGAAGACAGCCUGGUCUACGUCUACCAACACCAACAACAAUCCCGCUCAGCUACGCCGUCGCUCGCCUCGUCGUCGCCCCUAUCAACGACAAGCCCGGUGACGGCGCAAUCCUCAAUCACUGGCGGCGACGCGAGCCCCUCCGAGUUCCACAGAGUCAAAGCCAUCCCCUAUCCCUACCUGUAUCUGGACAGCCGAACGCGUAAGCGGCACCGCGACGGUCGACCCGACGAGGAAGCCAUCCACGAAAACACGUUGAGGAAACUGUACGACGCGCAGCGGUUCCAUCUGGACGAAGCGGUGCACGUGUCCGAUGCGCUGGAAUCGCGUGAUGCGUAUGAGCACAAGGAGGCGGGGGAGGAUGAGGAUAGGGACGCCAACAUGAUGGACGACCUUUUGGAAGCUGGACUGCCGCUGAAAAUCGAGCGGAAUCAGAGGUCGAUUGAGGCGUUCUUUGGCGGGAAGGGCGUGGGACAGCCUCUGGGACAAGGAACCGGCAUGCUGGAAACUCACAAUCAUUAG